AUGACCUCUCAUAGUUCUUCGCACUCCGGUACCCACCCCCUGUGUCUCCCACCUCCACCCCUCCAGUCAUUUCUCCACCCCUCUCCUCCUCCUUUAUAUCGGUGUUGUCCCAUCGCUCCACCGGGGCGCUCAAAAGCGAGGGCGCAGACAGGGCAGGGUGAUACAAGAGAGCUGGACGUGCAGAAGGAAGGGGACCAGGGAAAGCUCUUUGCACUGGCACGCAGCGGACGCAGUAAAACAAUCGAGAAAAGCUCUGCAUCAGAGCCCGGUAAAAGUAGAGGAGAGGAGCAGCAGAAACACGGAGCGCCUGUUCAUCUCCACGCUUCAGCUCCGCAGGGAGGAGACACGCAGAGGAGGAAAGAUUCCCCUAAACAUAUCCUGACAGUGGCAGCUCCAGACUUAUUGGACCCUAAAUCCGCCACUCACAACACCAAGCCCCGCCUCUCCUUCUCCACAAAGCCAAUCACAAUGACUCCCCGUGAGGAGAGCGAGGUGGUUACCACGGUGAUGAAAUGGAAGACAGUUACAGCCAUCUUUUUUUUGGUGGUUCUGUACCUGGUGAUGGGAGCAGCUGUCUUCAGGUCCCUGGAGCAGCCUCAUGAGAGUGCCCAGCGUUUGGCCAUCCUGACCCAGAAGUUGGAGUUCCUGUCCAAUCAUCCCUGUGUCAACCACAGUCAGCUGGAGGAGCUGGUGAAGCAAGUUGUGUCUGCGAUCCGUUCAGGAGUUAAUCCUGCAGGAACACUAACCAAUCACAGCAGCCUGUGGGACCUGGGCUCUGCCUUCUUUUUUGCUGGGACUGUGAUCACAACCAUUGGUUUUGGGAAUAUUUCUCCCCACACAGAAGGUGGACGGAUCUUUUGCAUCAUCUAUGCGUUGUUAGGGAUUCCUCUUUUUGGCUUCCUAUUGGCUGGUGUAGGAGACCAGCUUGGCACCAUAUUCGGCAAAGGCAUCACUAGAGUGGAGAAGAUGUUUGUGCACUGGGACAUCAGUCAGACAAAGAUCCGUGUGAUCUCCACCCUGCUGUUUGUGUUGUUUGGCUGCCUGCUGUUCGUAACGCUCCCGGCAGCCAUCUUUAAACACAUCGAGGGCUGGUCUGCGCUGGAGUCCCUUUACUUUGUGGUCAUCACCCUGACAACUAUAGGAUUUGGUGACUUUGUGGCAGGCGGUUCAGAGAUAGAGUACUUGGAUUACUACAAACCAGUUGUAUGGUUCUGGAUUCUGGUGGGACUAGCUUACUUUGCUGCCAUCCUCAGCAUGAUUGGAGACUGGUUCAGAGUCAUCUCCAAGAGGACGAAAGAAGAGGUCGGAGAGAUCCGAGCACAUGCUGCCGAGUGGACGGCUAACGUCUCAGCAGAGUUCAAAGAAACCCGGCGUCGUGUAAGCGUUGAGAUUUAUGACAAAUUCCAGCGUGCUGCUUCAAUUAAACGCAAACUGUCCUCAGAGCUUGGAUUCAGCCCGACUCCUGAGUUCACUCUGCCAAAGAGAACUGCGUCGGUCAAUUUCAACGAUGAACGGGACAAAAACGAGAAGGAGGCCGGGCAGCAGGGCUUUACAACACCUCUAGCUAGAAAUGGAGGUGCUUUCAUGAAUGGUUUGGACCCAGAGAGGGGAGAAUUCAUUGAACAUGUGAAGUAG